AUUAUUCAGGUAGCUAAACUUAGAUGAGACACAGAGUUGGAGCACAAGGGUGAAAAACGAGUGUUAAAAGCUUCAGAAAAGAGGAGAAGAGAAGUUGACUGUGAGUUCAGAUACUAAAGGACUUCUACAAAAAUGGAGAGGAUCUUUAACAACCUGGAAAACUUCCUGAGCUGCCAUGUUUGUUCAGAGACUUUCCGAGAUCCUGCGUCUCUGAGCUGCAACCACAACUUCUGUUCAAGCUGCCUGCAGCAAUUCUGGGAACAAACAAAUAGCAGGAGCUGUCCCAUCUGUAAAAGAAAAUCUUCCAAGGAUAAUCCAUUAGUGAAUUUUGGAAUAAAGGAACUGGCAGAUUCUUUUGCUGGAAGACAGAUAUCUGGACCAUCAGAGACGGAAAAAGGAGAAAAUCAGUUGAUAGUGGUCUGCAGUGAACACCAAGAAGACCCUAAAUCCUUCUGUAAAGAUGAUCAGAGAGCAGUUUGUCCUGUCUGUGAGUUUUCUCUCCAUCAGAGUCACAAAGUGGUUCCUAUAGAACAAGCAGUCAGUGAACUGAAGGAGAAGCUGAAUUCUGACUUAAAGCCUCUACAGGAAAAGAAAGAAAGAUACAAAGAAGUGGAGCAAAUAUAUGAUGAUAUGCUUCAACAUCUCAAGGAGCAGCUGUUUUCCACAGAGACACAGAUCAGAGCAGAGUUCAACAAGCUCCACCAGAUCCUGAAAGAGGAAGAGGAGUCCAGACUGGCAGCUCUGAGGGAGGAAGAGGAGCAGAAGGGGCAGGCUCUCACCGAAGAGAUGAAGAGGAUUCAGGAGCAGAUCUCCUCUCUGUCAGACAGUAUCUCUGCUGUUGAAGAAGACCUGCAGAAAAACAACCUGUCGUUCCUCAGCAGCUAUAAAGCCACUCAGAGCAGAUCCAGAGCCCAGAGCUCACUGUCAGAUCCACAGCUGCUCUCAGGAGCUCUGAUAGAUGUGGCCAAACAUCUGGGCAACCUGUCCUUCAGAGUCUGGGAGAAGAUGAAGGAGAAGAUCCAGUUCUAUCCUUUCUUUCUGGACCCAAACACUGCUAAUGGACGGCUCCAUCUGUCUGAUGAUCUGACCAGUGUGAGGCACGUAGAGAGCGAACACGACCUUCCUAAAAAUCCAGAGAGAAUCAGUGAUUUCAUGCAUGUUUUUGGAUCUGAGGGUUUUAGCUCAGGAAAACACAGCUGGGAGGUCGAGGUUGGAGACCAUCCUAACUGGAAUAUCGGUUUGGGUAGGAAAUCGGCUGACAGUAAGGAAGAGAAACCUUGGAUACCAAAAUUUGCAAAGUUUUGUUUAUGGAAGUGUAGUGGAACAUACUGUAAUAUUGCUGGUAAGCAAAUACCAAUAAAGAAGAGUAUGAAGAAGUUCAGAGUCCAGCUGGACUAUGACAAGGGGGAGGUUUCCUUCUAUGACUCUGAAAACAUGUCUCACAUCUACACUUACAGAGAAACCUUCACUGAGAUUCUUUUCCCAUAUUUCAGUGUUGGAAAAAGAUUUGAUGCUGAAACUUCUGAUAUCAAAAUCUGUCCAACAGACUUUCCUUAUUGAAACUUAAAGUUGUGCUUUUCUAUUCUCUGAAGUCUUUGCAGUUAUGAAAACCCUUCAACAUAUUUAUCAUAGAAAGAUUUGCUUUUUUUUAGAAGGUUGAGCGGGGGUGGGGAGGUGUGUUGGAGCUGGGGAGGUGUUUAACAAGGUGCUCUAAGCACAGCAUAUAGUGCAUAUAUAUUGAGUUAUUUCUGUGUUUUUAUCAAAUUCAAGAACACAAGCGGUGUGAAAAGGGAAAACAUUUUUAAAGCAGACAUUAUUUGAGACUAAAAUCAUUACAUACAGAUAGACAUUUAGAAAAUUAUUUUUCUGGGAAAAAUUUCUCAAAAAUAGAUUAAGAAACUUUGUUAUUUUUUAGUACAGAAAAUAUUUUUGAGAUGAGAUCAAGAACACAUCAGACUCUAACAUCCAAAUCUGAAUCAGUCUCUUAACAAUCAUAUUUUAAAGUUGUUUUUUUUCAAACCAGAUCUACUCUCAUCUUUAUACUGUUAUAAUCUAUUUCACCCCCAUAGGACUAUUUUCACACUAAAUAAUUCUAACAAGGAUCUUUUUUUUUUUAAGUAAAAUCCUAAGUUCAUGAAAGACACAAAGUGCUCAGAUUCCUUAUUUGGAUUUUCUUCUUUGUCUUAUUUUUUAUUGUAACAAUCAUUGUAGCAAAUAAACUGAAAAUAAAAACCCCCAAUACUGUUUUCUCUCCCUGUUCACUGAUAUAUUCAUUUUUUAUACCUCAAUACAAACA